AAUUCAAUGUCAAGUUUGGGCGGCGGCAUGUUGCAUUCUGGUCAAAAUCUUUCUUCAACUUCACAGAAUGAUGAUGGUUUUCAUGUCCGUUCUAGCAGUGCUUCAAUGUUUACUUCAUCCUUUUCUGACGCCUCUCGGAUGAGCUGUGAGGGUUCACCCUUGACCAUGUCGCCAUGGAACCAAACUACACCCUUUCAAUAUUCUCCAUGGACCCAGUCUGAUGACAGCCUUCCGCAAGACGGCCUCAUCGGCUCCCUUGUACGUGAAGAGGGUCAUAUUUAUUCCUUAGCUGCAACCAAGGACCUGUUGUACACUGGUUCUGAUAGCAAGAACAUUCGGGUUUGGAAGAAUUUGAAAGAGUUUUGUGGGUUCAAAGCAAGUAGUGGUCUUGUUAAGGCCAUAGUUAUCUCCGGUGGGAAGAUUUUUACUGGUCAUCAAGAUGGUAAGAUUCGUGUAUGGAAAGUCUCUCCGAAGAACCAAAGUGUCCACAAGCGAUUGGGUACUUUACCAACCUUGAAGGACAUAUUCAAGAGCUCCCUCAAACCAAGUAAUUACGUUGAAGUGAGACGUCGUCGUUCAUCCCUCUGGAUCAAACACUCAGAUACGGUGUCGUGUAUGAGCUUGGAUGAAGGCAGUGGCCUUUUGUACACAGCCUCAUGGGACAGAACUUUCAAAGUUUGGAGACUUUCAGAUUCAAAAUGCCUAGAAUCCGUCAUUGCUCAUGAGGACGCUGUAAACUCUGUGGUAUCGAGCUGGGAAGACACCGUCUUCACCGGUUCAGCUGACGGCACCGUUAAAGUAUGGAAAAGGGACCAAAAUGGUAAAGGAACAAAGCACACCCUUUUCCGUACAUUGCUACAACAAGAAUGUGCGGUGACAGCUCUGGCAGUGAACACCUCAAAUUCCACCGUGUAUUGCGGCUCCAGUGAUGGUCUACUCAACUUUUGGGAACAUGACAGCCAGUUAUCUCAUGGCGGGGUCCUUAAAGGCCACAAACUUGCGGUUCUAUGUCUGAUGGCUGCUGGGAACUUGGUGUUCAGCGGAUCAGCGGAUAAGACCAUAUGCGUGUGGAGAAGAGAUGGGACGACUCACAUUUGUCUCUCAGUGCUGACGGGCCACACUGGACCAGUCAAAUGCUUGGCAGCUGAGGAGGAUCGUGAUUCAUUCAAUCGAGGUAAACGUUGGAUUGUCUACAGUGGGAGUCUUGAUAAAUCGGUUAAGGUUUGGGGGGUGUCUGAGAUGGGUCCUGAUAUGGCUAAGGUGCAGACGCAGUAGCUCCACGUAUUUUAUACUAAAAAAUCUGCAUUCAGUCUGUGGAUGGGGCAAAUUUUUUCCUGCUGGGUUUUAUUUGAUGUAAUUGGGUCUGUAUAUGCUGGGCUA